UGACAAGUCAUAAGGGAAGUGACGGAAUAUCAGAAGUGUUUUCCUUCGCGUUUUCUACAGCCCUACUGUAACACCUCAAUUAUAACUUAUAUGUGCCAUAUUAAGUAUGAAUAGUCCGCGAAGGGACAACAAGUCUUCUCCAGUGGUUCCUCCCAGACCCAGCAGUGAGGUAGGACACUGAUUCAAUACACACACUAGAGCUGGAACGAUAGACCGAAAAGUAUCGAACAGACCGAUCACUUAUCGCAGGCAUUUUGCUGAUCUCGAUCAUUGCGGAGAUGAGCAACCCAACCGCACACCGCUUGAACAAAGGGAAUGAUACGAGCAGUAACUCACAGAGGACUGGGAUGAUGGGAGUCAUGCAGAAAGUCAACCCGUUCAAAACCAGGACACAGGUUACUACAUCAGCCUCCUCUACGGCCAGUACAGCUACAGAUCCAGUGUCAGAGAAGACUGUGGAUGGAAAUGUCCCUGAAGUGAAACAGAACCUGGGUAUGUUUAAAGGAGUGACACAGAAAGUCAACCCAUUCAGGUCCUCUACACAGGCGAGAAAAGAGGACCCUCCAAAAGACACUGUGGAUCAGGAAAAGCUACCAGAAGGCAAACAGGUCUUCCAGAACCCUGGAAUGUUCACGGGAAUGAUGCAAAAAGUCAACCCUUUCAAAUCUACAGCACCGACACAGGACACUCAGUCAAUACACAGUGAUCUGUCCUCCAGUGCUGGCAGUCUGGCCGAGAACACCACAACAGAAAGACAAGUGAGAAAGGAGGAUCCUUCGACAGACACUGUAGGUCACCAAGUGACAGCGACGCUACCUGAAGCCAAGCAGAACCCUGGAAUGUUCACGGGAAUGAUGCAGAAAGUCAACCCAUUCAAGUCUACAGCACCGAAUCAGGAUACUCAGGCCGUACACAGCAAUCUGACUUCCAGUGCUGACAGUCUGGCUUCUACAGGAAGACAGGUGAUAAAGGAGGACCCUCUAACCGACUGUGUGGAUCACCAUGCCACAGAAAAGCUACCAGAAAGCAAACCGCAGCAGAAUCCUGGAAUGUUUAUGGGAAUGAUGCAAAAAGUCAACCCUUUCAAAUCUACAACACCGAUUCAGGACACCCAGUCCAUACACAGUGAUCUUUCUUCCAGUUCUGGCAGUCUGGCUGAGAGUAACAGUUCUGCAGGCAAACAGAACUCUGGAAUGUUCAAGGGAAUGAUGCAGAAAGUCAACCCAUUCAAAUCUACAGCACUGACCCAGGAGACUCAGCCGUCAUACAGCGAUUCAUCCUCCAGUUCUGACAGUCUGAGUGACACCAGCGUCUUCAGUCCUGCGGAGAAUCAGACCGUGUGGUACACAGAAAACGAAGCAACUUCUUCAGUGAAAAGUGGACCUCCACCACCACAAGAAAAUAAGAAAAGGACUGGGACAUUCCAAAUCCGAAGGAUUCUCCCUGGUGCCCUGUUUGGCUCUGAAGCUAAAAAUACUGAUGCUCAGCCCACAGCCCAGGCGGGCCUAGUGGAUGUCCAGACACUGGAGAUGGCUGCAGUGCCAGUACCUGGUGAAGGAAACCCACCGGACAGUGAGGAUAUGGCUGCAGUGCCAGUACCUGGUGAAGGAAACCCACCGGACAGUGAGGAUGUACAGUAUAUCACACAAAAGGAGGAAGGUCUUAUGGACUGGUGGCAAACAGUAGAGGGUUGGGAAACGUGGAAGGAGUCCAACACCUUUGACGCGGAUGAAGGCGAGAUGGCAGUGGAGGCGGUGGCGGAUCGUGUCUUCAUGGCUGCCCGUCUCUUCGUGCGUCUCUUCAACCAGCGCGGGGCCUCCUUACAGCAACGCAUCCUGGAGCUCCUAUCAUUGGCCGACGCCGCCGACAGCUUCCACAAGAAGACUGUGAAGGCCAGCGUGGGGGGCGGAGUCGCCAGCGUUGCUGGGAGCAUCACCACUAUCACUGGCCUCAUCUUGGCGCCGUUCACCAUGGGAACGUCGCUCAUCGUCACGGCGGUGGGCAUCGGCGUUGCGACGGCGGGCGGGGUAGCGUCAGCCUCUGCAAAUAUUACCGAUACGGUGCAUUCCAAGACAGACAGGAAGAAGGUGGAGAAGAUGAUUCAGGAUUACCAGGAGGAGAUGAAGGAUAUCAAGGAGUGUCUGGACUUUCUGCAGGUCGGUAUGGAGACCCUGGAGGAGUGGGACUUUGAUGAGUACGUGGACAGCAUCUCUAAGAAAUAUCUCAACCAGAAUGUCAAACACGUGAUGAAGGAGGGUGGCCGGGCCGGCAAGGCAUUACUAAUCAACACAGAAAGUCUGAUCAACACCGUGCAGGUUCUCAACGUGGCAGGCGGAGCGGCCAAGGCAGCCCAGGUGAUGAGUGUCACCACAGGAGUAAUGUCGGGUCUCUUCCUGGCCCUGGAUGUGUUCUUCCUGGCAAAAGACUCCAUCGAGCUCAACAAAGGAGCCAAGACGGAGUUCGCUGGGAAGAUCAGGGAAGUGUGUAAGGAUCUUCAGAAUGGACUGUUGGAGCUCAACCGCAUCAAAGAGCAACUGCAGAAAACUAUGGAUGGGAUCGAGGUGGUGGAGGGAGAGGAGGAGGGAGAGGAGGAGGAGGAGGAGGAGGUGUACGAGUCUGAUCCAGAGAAACUGGCCCAGUUGGAAGAAUGAAUGAAGGAAGAGAGGGAGGGAGGGAAGAAAGUUUUCGGUAGUGAAACCGAAGGCGUUUGACCAAAAAUGUUGACCAAUUUGAUUUGUUACUUAUUCCUUUACAUGCAGUAGACCUAUAAUCUGUGCUAUGUUUCAGCCAAAAAUGUGCCUGGAAUGUUUUUGACAUGGCCAAACUUUGCCAAAUUGCCACUUUAUUUUUCAGUUGAGAAUGUAGUGCCUUAUUUAAUGUAACACCGAUGGUGUCACUAGUCUUCUUAUUUCUAUAUUUUGCUACUUUUUAUGACUGGUUUAGUAGGGGAGAGUUUGGAAUGAUGACCCAUUUUUUACAUUCAGCAUCACUAGGUCAAACUAAAUAUAGUAUUCUUUCAAACAAAGAUAUUGAAAUAUAUUUCAGGAUGUCAUGUAUCUCUGGAAAUAAUCAGAAUUCAAUGUAAACAAAACACCUUUGAAAACACAGCUUGUCCAACAAAAGUAGUCACUUGGUUUUGGGGUAAAUUGAGCAUAGGGACACAUUUCUAACACUUUGUAUUAAAAAAAACACUUUUAAUGUAUGCUCAGGCCCUGGUUUAACCUCAUAUCCCAGUGAUAAUGCCUUGCAUUACGCCUAUGAAGAAAACACUUAAGGCCUAAAGGGGGGGGGGUGAACCUAACCGAGGAAGGCAUUUUUCAUCAUUUGAGUAAUUAUGACUAAUCAUACGGAUGGCGAGGUGUCUUCAAAAAACUAUGCUUGUUAUGCAUAAAACUGACAAUGUAAUAAUCAUUUUUUAUGGGGUAUAUUGAUAGCCAAUGGCUCAAUUUGACCCUGACAACAAUUCUGACUAUAUUAGCCCACACAAGGAUGCACUUUCAUGCUUCUGUUGGAAUAAGACUUCAAUUUUAGUUUAUAAAGACCCCAAAUGAUGUAUAGAACAAUCUACUUUAGUUUAGAUACAAGCAGUGGUGUCAAGUACUUAAUAAGUAAAAAAUACUUUAAAGUCCUACUUAAGUAGUUUUUGGGGGUAUCUGUACUUUACUAAUCAAAUUUUUGACAACUUUUACUUCACUACUACACUCCUAAAGAAACCUAUGUACUUUUUACUCCAUACAUUUUACCUGACACCCAAAAGUGACAUUUUGAAUGCUUAGCAGGACAGGAAAAUGGUCUAAUUUACACUUUUACCAACAGAACAUCCCUGGUCAUCCCUACUGCCUCUGAUCUGGGGGACUCACUAAACACAUGCUUCGUUUGUAAAUGAUGUCUGAGUUGGAGAAUGCCCCCAGCUAUCAGUAAAUACAAUAAAAACUGGAACAUGUG